GACUUGUUUUAAUUCCAGGAUUUGUACUUGGCCAGCUUCUGGGAGGCCUCAUUGUUUCCAAGUUACAUAUGUAUUGUAAAGGCUAUAUGAGAUUUGUCAUUGUUACAUCUGCUAUGUCACUUGUACUGGUUGUGAUUUCAAUUUUUGUACACUGUAAUCCCAUACCAUUUGCAGGAAUCAAUGAAGAUUAUGGAGGGACAGGGAAGUUGGGAGACCUGACAGCUCCUUGCAAUUCUGGCUGUAAAUGCUCAACAUUUCAUUCACCUGUGUGUGGAAGAGAUAAUAUUGGAUACUUUUCUCCUUGCUUUGCUGGUUGUACAUAUUCUAAAAGAAUAAAUGAUCAGAAGACAUAUUUCAAUUGUUCUUGCAUUACUGAUGGAUUAACAAAUGCAGAUGAGGAAGGUGAUUUUAUUGAUGCCAGAUCUGGGAACUGUGAUACAAAGUGCCAUAAAUUACCUUUGUUCAUUGUUGUUAUGUUUUCUACACUUAUAUUUGCUGGUUUUUCUGGUACACCAAACACGCUGACCAUCCUUCGGAUCACACCUCACAGACAACGUUGUUUGGCCUUGGGCAUGAGUUUUGUGAUUUUGAGAGUAUUUGGGAGUAUACCUGGACCAAUAGUGUUUAAAAUGGUAGGAGCAAGUUCUUGUACCUUUUGGGACAGUGGGCACUGUGGAAACAGAGAACACUGUUGGAUCUAUAACAAGGCAAAAAUGGCCUACCUGUUUUUUGGAACAUGUUUUUUUUGCAAAGUAUGCACUAUCUUGUCCACUGCUACUGCAUUUGGCCUUCACAAAUAUUCACUAAAGGAAAAAAAUGAAUUCCUGUCUAUGCCUGUAAAAAUUCUAAAAUUAAAAAAAAAGAGAGAGACGGAAGAAACUGAUUUAUAA